AUAAAGAAAAUGCACCAGCUAAAGGCUAGGUAUUCACAUUAAGAAAUAUUUAAUUUAAUUACAUUGGAAAUUGUUCGCUUUCAUGUCAACUGGCCAUAUGAAAUUUCAAUUGAAUCGCUCGUCAUGUAACAAUUGGUAAUCUAAGACUUUGUUCGCUCCACACCCACUUACCUGCUGAUAGGUAUGCAAUUAAAAGCUGCCUACUGGGAGCAUUAUCUUCUCAGUUUAGUAUGUUUAUCGCAGUUAAAUAGUGUAAGUGUCUUUGUGGUAGUUUUAAUUUAUAUUUUAACGUUUCUCUUAACUUAAUUGGUUUUAGAUGUUUUUUCAUACAAAUACAUUCGCAAUAAUUUGCUUACGCUUGAAGUAAUCCGAUAUAUCUACCCAACCACAUCAGUUUAUACAUACAUCUUUGACACUCUUGUACUCACAAGGCAGACAGACGGUCAAUAGUAUUUUACUUUGAAGUUUUCCUAUCCGAUUUGGGCAUAGGAAUUGAAUAUUAGAACUUGGGAAGGUAAAAAUUAAGUACCGUAAAGUUUGCAAAAACAAAAUUAUAAGAAUUGUCAUUCAUAUGUAUGUACGUAUAUAUUUGAAAAAAGCAGGUAAGGAAGACUUAGUUCGGGUUAAACCAAAAAUAAGGUACUCGGCUGUUCUUUAUUCGUACUGUCAUUUGGAAGGCCGGUCCCAGUCUGACCAACAUCCAGAAUUAUGAAAAAAUUAUUUUUCUAAUCCCGGUCGCCCCUCGCAGGGAUUUUCUAGCCCUCCGAGUGAAUUUUUCUUUUAUUAUACAAAAGCUCCUCAUAACAACCCAUCGGCCAUCUAAAGACCGCUUAGAAUAAAUAGUGUUGUAAAAACAACAUGACGCAUACCACAAAUUGAAGCAGCAUCUCAGUCGAAAAUAGCUUCAGUGGUUACAAAAUGUCAAUUAUAUGUAUGUAUCUAUGCCUAUAAAUGGGUAAAAAGUGAGCACGUUGUGCAAAACAAUUUAAUCAAGGUAAAAGUGCUGUCAAAUUUAUUGUAUUGAAUCCUUUAAUUAAAUAUACAUUUUAUGUUUAUUAUUUCGUUUUAACACAUUAAUUUAGUAUUGAAUAUCUCAGUGAAAACGAAUUGACCUAAAAAUACUUAACAUAUCUUUCCUUAGUUCAUUUUAAAAAAAGUAAACCAUUAGAAUACCAAAUACGCUUUUACAUGCUUUUUUAACCGCUUUAUGACCAAAAACUUAAAUUUGAAAAUCGGUCGUAUAUACAUGUAUAUACAACUUAUGUUACGUGAUCUGGGCGGUAUCAACAAAUGGCAGUGUAAAAAAUACAUUUGCGUACCAAGUUUAGUUGGAAAAUCUCGAAAAGGGUAUAAAAAAGGAAUUUUCAGGCGAGAAAUUGAUUCAAGCGGGGUUUGAAAAGUAAAAUGCCCGUUACACGAGGCAAAAUCGUUAUUGUUACCAAAUUGCGUCCGCAUACAUAUAACUCAUUUUCAUGGGAAAUAUGCUCACCUACUUGAAAUUUGUUUUAUUCUUCAUAUUUAUACCUCCAAUGUGAUCAUGACAAACCAAUAUGACUUUAUUUCCACUUUUCAUAUUAUUCAAAAUUAUCGUUAGAUCGAAGGCACCCGUACGAACUAGUGAAAUAUGAAUGAGUUACCAAGAUUUCUUAAUGAAUACUUGAGCUGGUCAUGUCAUACAGCUUGAUAACUCGUAGAUAUCCAAACAAACUAAUACAAUAUACCAUUGGCGUGUUGGUGGAUAUAUUACUUGAAAAUCUCAUAUUUUCCAAAAAAUAACAAACGUUGUUUCCUCGCUUUUAUGAUUUGUUAUAAAAAAAAAAUUUUUGUGAAUUUUAUCAACUUACCUCUUAUUAAUUGUAUUUUUCCCCUUUUUGCCAUGUAAAUAAGGUACAAAAUAUGAACCAAAACCGUUCUAGAAGACCUCAACUACUGUUAAGGUGAUGUCAGGCACAACAACGGCGCAUGUUACUGUCGAAGUUUUUAAAUUUUCCAAUUUUUGACAUUUGCAACUCAAUUUUCCAUAACUGCAGAAAUUAAAAACCGACUUGCUCAGGCUUUACAAGAAACAUAUUUACAAGGUUGUAUGCAACACGUGUGCGAUGUGGUUUUAAACAUGUUGAUUUUUCAAGCAAAUUAAAUUUUUUUUUCAAGUAUAUUUGUGCCAAAGUUGUUUCUUUAAAUGGAAUACAUUUUUCUGAACCUCACACAUUUGGCCUUUCGUGACCUUUCGUUAACCUCUUUGUACAGUCUCAACUAAAAGCACGCUCUAAGUUUGAUUAUUAGGACAUACAUACAUAUGUUGGUGUUGUGUUUUAAGAAGCUAAGAAUUGAGCCUCCUUCUUACAAAAACGUGCGUGAAAUAAAAAUAAUCAAUUCAUUUGCAUAUAUACAUAUGUAUGUAUUUAUAAUAGCAUUAAUUAUUGAUUGAUGUACUCGUAUUUCGACAAAAGCAUUUGAUUCCUAAGACAAUCGCUGCAAUUGCAUGAAUGUUUGAAGAUUUUAAAUGAAAGUACACUGCGUUUCAAUGUUAACGUCGGGGUAUUGGCUAUCGGUUUUGUUGUAUCAAUGCAUCGCCAAUCUCUCAUUCAAAACAUUGCAACUAAUGCUUUGUUUCUUAUACUUGGCUAUUUGAGGUGUGCGUUGGACAAAAUAACCAUGACGCAGUACUUCGUCAUGUCACAUCAAUCGUUGUUGUGGUUUCACUCAGAGGCGUCGUGAUUCACCGGUCGCAUUGCAUUUUAUUGUUUAUAAAAAAAAUUGAAAAAGAUUUUAAUUGAAAACGCAAUGGGUUGCAACAAACACUUUAAAUUAGACCCACACUCGGCAGUGCGGUCUGCGCUUGCUGCUGCUGGUUGAUAACAUCGUCCAUUCGAUUGCUCGCUAACCGAUCGACUAAAACUGUGUAAUAUACAUACGUACAUACAAAUGUACAUAUGCGAUUAGAGUGGGAAAAUUGCUUCCACCAUUGCUGUCACAUCUAAUUUGCAAAAGCAAUCGUAGCAGUCUAUCUCGAAUAAGUGGUCCAUCCUUACCACAAGUGCUCGUCCAUUACUCACGAUUUGCAAGUGCUCAGAAAUAUAUUAUUAAUAAAAAGUCAAAAUCCAUUUUAAAUUACCUGAAAUAUAUUGUAACAAAGUGGGAAUUGUGUGUUUAUAUUGAAUGAGGGGCAGUAGGGUGUGAAUUUUAUCGAACGCUGCCAUAAUUGCGUCCAUAUUUUUCAUGUCUUGUGCCAAAAAAUUUCAGGGCGUUUAUUUGCACUUGAAUCUCGCAAAAAUAAAAUAUGUCUCAUGUUUGAAUAAUAACAAAAUUGUGUACAUAUUUUCGGAGAAAUACAAAUUUGUGUAUACAAAUUCAUAAAGCUUAAGAUUUUUAAAAUUUUCUGUUGGUGAAUUACACAAUCAGAAAAACUGCGAAUAUAGUGUGGGAAUGUUCUCUGCAGAAAUUGAGAGAUCUUCGGCAGAGUAUUGCAACGGUGGUGAAUUUUGGUUUGCUGGGUCGAGUGUGCGUUAAGAUUGUGGAUACGGCGGUUGUCUGUAUCGUCUAACGCUUCUAUUUCGACCGACAUUGCAAUCCUAUGUACAAUAAAAUUCACGUACGCUUUUCUAUUCGAUAUUUUUUCACAUUUUGGAAACCGGAAUACUUAAUAAUAUUUAAAAAAUCUCGGAAAAUAUAUUUUGGUAUGUACACAAAUUCCUGAAUCUGAGCAACUGUAUCAAUAGUUACAACACUUUGACUUUUUUUAAUAAGUCCAUUAAAAAGGCAGUUAACAAGAAGAUUAUAAAAAAUGGGAGACAACAUUCUGCCCGAACUCGGUGAUCUGGUAUUCUCAGUGUUAAUCGGUUAUGCUGGUGCUUUGGAGUUUCUUUACGUCCUACGUCAUUUAUACCAUUGGAGCUGUAGUCAUGUGAAUGCAAUUAAAAAUGAUCCGGAAAGUUUUAAGCGGUUACAAGAACGGAUGCGCAGUGAGCUGGCGGAAGCCGAGGCCAAAGAAUUACAGGCUGGUAUGGCGGUUAUGAAAGAUGGCAUUCUCUACAAGGACGGCUUUCGAAUCGGGAGCGAACAGCUGGCGCAGAAUAGCCCUGAAAAUAGUAAAAGACGCAAGAAAGAACUUGAGUUAGAACUAGAGAGACAACGAGAAAUAGAGGAAGAGACAAGGAGGCAAUUAGUCGAUGCUGAGGCGCGAUUAGCCGAAGAGCGAAAGAAGGCUGCAGAAGCUCUUGCUGCUCGCCAAAGAGAGGAGGAAGAAGAAGCAACUAAAUUAUUGGCAGUAGAAUUUGCACGCAAAGAACAACAGGCAAGAGAAGAGGAGGAAACACGCAAAAUAAAAGAAGCUGAACGAAAAGAAAAAGAAGAAGAAGAAGAACGACGACGUGAAAUGCACGCUGAAUCACUUAAGUUGUUUGAAGCCGAGAGGGAGCGUGAAAAACAGCAGCGCAAAAAGGAAAUUGAAGAGAAUGUAACUGAAAGUGGACUUAUAUUGAUUGAAAAGCAACAAGGCGAGCCGAAUGAAGCAAUUACGGAGGUUAAAGAUGGUCAACAUGCACCUCAAAAUGAAACUUUGGAGCAUUCUAAACCAAAGGAAUAUAGUGAAGCGGAUACCAUGGGCAACAUAAUGCGAUUGCUUGACUCCGAAAAUGAGCGAAAAAUACUUGAAAAGGAAUUCGAAGAAACUGCAUCACGAGAACGCUCUGAAAAAUUAAGGAUAUGUGAAGAAAAUGCUCGAAAAUUUCUAGAAGCAGAUAAAGAAAUGGAAGAACUGCUGGAAUCGGCUCAAAAGAUACGACGUCACUCUGCAACUGAAAGUACACCGCAAUCACCGGUAUUCGAAAACCCUUGUGUUAAAAAAAGCAUUAGUCCCCUCUCGGAUAUUUCUGACAGUGAUUCCCAUCGGUUUACACAAACCUUAAAAACACAGUUUGGACAAACCAGCAAUGAGCCGUAUUUGUUAAAAACGAGGUCGCUACUCUUUGAAAGUAAAUCCGAUGAUACUCACUCAUUUGAUUCGCAGAGUGCUUUGAGAGCACAACCUUCAGAAGAGUAUGGAACUAGCAGCGAUGCAGCUAUUGAUAACACUAUCGAAGUCCAGUUCGCACAUUUGGAGCGUCAAGAGCCCGAUGGUGGUGAAGAUAAUGACAGUCGAGUUCCAGCAAAGUAUACAGACGAUUAUUUACGUUCAUUGGAUGGUAUUAAACAACGUCCUUUAAUUCGCGAGGAUGGAUCCGGACGCAGACGAGCUUUCAAAAAACGUCGUUCUAGUGGCAGCUCGAAUUCCUCUUUCGAAUCACGUACUUCGCGUGAAGAAGAAGUCAAAAUGUUCACUUCACUAGAAGAGGAAGAGCUGUUGCCGAAAAAACUAGGUGAAGAUGAUUUUACGCCAAUCACUUACUCCACAGAACCUUUAUUAAGGGUAAAAACUCCUCGUCGACGUCAUAAACGUAGCCCAGCGAAGGACGCCAUGAUUAGCGAUGGAAAUACUCGAAGCUCGGUAGAAAUGCUUGAAGAAGAAACAGACACAAAUCCAUGGGGUGAAAUUACACCUGAACACUACAAAGAUACGCCCUUUUGGAAAAGAGAGAAAUCCAUGUCCAUCGAUGAGGAAGCUAUUGAACUAGAAUUAUCUUCUACGAAGGCCGACGAAGAAGCAGACGAUAAUGUAAGAAACUUACACACUGCUUUAUUAUUUGAAAAUCCUCCUUGUUCAAAUAAUGAUGAAGCUCUGACAGAGUUGCAACUGCAGCAAGCUAAGCAAGUGCAGAAAAAUACAGAGCAGCAACCGGCUGAUGAGCCAUCCAGUGACAUUCAACCAAAUCUUCAAUUCGUACCAAAUGCAGCAACCGGUUCUCCAAUUUCUUGCAAAGCCGCUUCUCCACGUUUACGUCGCAGUCCGCGCAUAGAAGAAAUGGAUCAGUAUGAAGAAUUAUGGAAUGCGACAAACGAACCCAAUGCUCUGGAAGAAAUAUUAACACCCACGACGCCCUCGACUCCAUCCAUUAUUCUUAACAAAUCACCCGAUAUCGGACCUUGGCGCGACCAAUAUGGUCUGUUGAUGGAAGGCAUAAGUGAUUUCUACGAUUUUACCGCUUCAAUAAAUCCUUCCCGUUCACGAUCAACAUCGCGCCAAGCCUCCCCCUCAGCUUCUCAACCCGGUACACCAGUACCCAAAAAUGUGGAGUUUGAACUUUGCCAAACUAGUGAAGAUACCCUUGAUUUAUAUGACGAUACAGGUUCGGCUUUAGAGAUGGAUAAAAAAAGUUUAGUAAAUUUUAUAGAAUCUUUUCAAAAUGAAUCUCUUCGGCUGCCUCAAGUUAUUAAAGAACAACUGCAAAAUGUUGCCGAUACUCCUAAUAAAACUAAUGAGGAAAUUGAAGGAUCGCCCAUCGAAUUAAAAUUAUUAAUUCAAACGUUGCCUAACAAAAUUCAAUCAAGACUUUCCGAAACUGUAGAUGACCAAAUCGAACAUAGCAACGCACUUUUGGAAGCACCGGACCUGAAGAGUCCCAAUAUAGAAAGUCCUUCAAAUAUAACGGAAAUACGAGGACUUGAUGACAUGGAAACAUUGGUGCAGGAGCGAUACGUUCGCACUAGGUCAAGGUCUCGUUCGCCACUUCCAACACCAAAUAAUCUGGAACGUAGCUUAGAGACUCGGCGAUCUAAACGGAUACGCCAAAAUGAUGAUUUAAGCGAAAAGCUUGGUAUUGAUAUCGAUACCAGUGGCACAACGAGUCAUUCAAACUCUCCUUCGUCUUCCCCUUCUAUACGUUGUAAUGAUAGUAUGAACUUUUUGGAACUAUCUAUACGCACUGAAAGGACGCAAUCACAUUCGCGUUCCCGCUCACGUUCACCUUUACCUACGGCAGAAAAUUUAAAAACUGGCUUAGAACACCGGCGCCAGAAAAAAAUACAACAAAAUGAUGAACUAUUUCAACAAUUACAUAUAAGCAUACCACCUAUUGCAGAUGAUGAUUCUAAACUUUUGGAAAGAAAGUGCAUAACUGCUCCCGUUAUUUCAAUACAGUGCUGUGAUGAAGAGUGUCUUGAAGAUUCGCUUGAAAUACCUCUUGAAGAUAGCGCUGAUACCCUUGAAAGCAUGAUUACAUUGGUAGAGACAUUGCGCUUACAGCGUUCUCGAUCCAAAUCACCAAUGCGGAGACUCGAACGGGAACGUACACCAGAACCAAGUAAAACACGGGCAGACAUAAUUGAAUCUGAUCAAUUAAACGACAGAGAAUAUGAGCAUGAGAAAAGAUCAUGCACACCAUCGCGAUCUAUUUCCAUUUCGCCAACACUUUCGAAUGAAGAUAUUGAUUUUCAUAUAAUGUUGAACCUGGAGUCCUCACAAAAUAGAACGCUCUCCAAGUGCAGCGAAGAAAUGGAAAGUAUUUUAGCUGAGAAGCAACGUCAAGUGGACGCAGAGGCUUUAAGUAAGUUGAGCAAUGCUAGUGAAGAAGUAGAACUCCGUACUGUAACACCAGUCUCCCCCUAUGAGAUUGGAGAUAAAUACAAAUUGAUGGCUUUGCCAAUCGAGGAAAGUCUGCGACAACGUCGAUGCUCUCCAACUACACCUGACUAUGAUCGCACCAUUUCCCAAGAGUGGAGUGAUACUCAACGAAUCAAGGAUACAAUGCUGACGACUGGAUUUAAGCGUUCCACUUACGUUGGCGAAUCGUUAGACCUGGGCAGUGAAUUUGCGUCAUUACGUGAAGAAAAUGCACGGUUUCAACGAUCUAGUAGUCCUUCACCCUCACUUAUUUACGUAGAGUCACGCGAAAAGGCCAACGAACGGCAGUUGGAGCAAGACAAAAUAUUGUCCGAAUUAAUUUCUGUGUCCAAACAAGUAGAUGAGGAACGUAUGGGCGCCAAACCAAAAUCAAUAGACACGAGCACGAGGUCAAAGGAAAUACAACAAUCAGAAUUCGAAAGUCGCUCCCCACUUAAUGAAAUAGAAGCUAAAGAGUUUGAGCAAAUAGAAGAAGAGGCAACAGAACGGGAGCUACAAUACAGAAUAGCUGAUAUAGAGAAAGCAAAUAUUAAUUUUCAAGAAUUCUCACGCUAUCUAAAUGCCGGAUUUUUAGAUAAUGAACGCAGAGCUUCAGACUCAGCGCUCAUACAGAAACCAGAAAUCAUGAUACAAUUACAGGAGCUGGAGGAAGAUUUUGAAUUAGAACCAGAGAAUUAUCACCAUUUUCGACGCUUUUCAUUGAAUCAGGAAGAGUCGGUUGAAGAGUAUCCAAAUGAUGAUUAUGUUUAUGUAUCCCAAAUUGAAGUACAAACACCUAGUGGUACUCGCACCUGGAUACGGGAGGAUUUCUAUAGUGAAAACUUCGAAGAGUUAAGUAUAUUCCAAGAAGUGGGUAGUGCAAAUGCUGCGCUCAAAUUAGAUGCAGUGAACGAAGCAGCUGAAAUACAAAUCCCCGUCCCAGAAGACGAAGAUACCGAUGGCAGCGAGGACGAACGUCAAACUAUUGUAGAGGUAGAUGACGAAAUAGAUGAGGAUAUUUGUGAUUUUAAUGAACGUGGACCAGCUGAUGAGUCUCAUCACGAGCAAUCUGAGUGCGAGGAAGCAGAUCGCGAAAUAGAUCACUAUGCUAACAGAGAUGCAGAUGACUGGCAAAGACUGGAAAAUAUUGAAGAAUAUCUGGCUAAUGUUGAAGGUGCGGUCGGUGGUGAUGUAGACGUUUUAGAGUAUGAUUCCGAUUCUGCAGCAAUUGAUGAGAUCUACGAUGAUGCGAUUAAAAAUCGAAAGCAAUCUGGAAUUCAGCGUGAUUAUGACAAUAUUUUAAAUGAGAUGCAAAAGAACUAUAUGAUGAAUGCAGUUAGAGGCAAUGGUAGCGAGGCAGACAUGAGUGGAAUGAGCGAUAACGACCGCACAACUGUUGAAGAAAGUCAAAAAGAAAAAUCGUUAAUACCAAAAUUGAUAAGAAACGAGCGACAUGAGAAUGAAUUGCGAUAUCUUGGAGAUGCAGCAAAUGCUGAAAGAAAAUCCGCUCGACUGCGAACACGUUACGGUUAUAUGCCUCAACAUCAUCAUAAUAGCACGGAAGAGCUAGACUUUGAGGUAGAUCUGAACUAUACACCAAAAAAAGAGUACAAUUGGCGUAAAAACUUUAAGCUCGACGAAGGUGAGAUAAAUGUAAAAGAAAAACAAAAUAUCCCCACAAAAGGAGAAACAGAUAAAAAUGAAACCACAAUAGAUGAAUAUUUGGAGCUAAGAAAAUUCAGCCUGGGCGGCGAGAGCAUAACGAUAUUUAGUCAAGGUUCUGAGGGAAUUUGUUACAUUGCCAAUGAAAACCAAGAGGUCGUUGACACUAAACAGGAGGGUACAGAGUGCUCAAAGUUUGGGGAGAAAUUAUUACACUUUGAAGGAAUGGAUGAAGAGACAAUUUUGGAGAAGCCAAAGAAAAAGAAAAGUAAAAAGAAACAGCACAGAGAGUCAAGAAACAAUAGCAUGGAAUGUUAUACAAAAGAUCAAUACGACUCCGAAUCACAAGUCAACAGUAGACGUAAUAGUAGUAAUUCAACUAAAUCCGCAAAAUCGCGUUCACGACGUAACUCCAGAAAUAAUGAUGAAGUUAAUGUAGGUAUAUUCUCGCCAAGUGAAAGAGUUUUAAUUGAAGAGAGCAAUGCUUCAAACUUAAUAUCCGCCAAUAAGAAAAAACUUAAAAAGCGUAAGAAGACAAAAGAAACUUUCAAUAAUAAAGAAUCAGAAACUAAGGAUGAACUUACAAAAGUGGAGAAUGAUAACUAUUUCGAUUUAUCUGUUAAAGUAGCAACUGCUUCAGCAGCAGUUACACCCGACACCUGUAGCAUUAAUCCACUUGCUAGCCUUAGCCCACAGGAUAGUAUAUGCACCCCAAGCAGCUCAAUUGACUCAGAGACGUCUAUACUGGCGGAAUUAAUAAGUGUCCCCUCUUCGGCAGAAGCCUCCCCAAUGCAACGUGAAGUAUGCACACCCCCUGUAGAUAUGGCAACUUCAGCCACAACAGAUGCCUUAAUAUCACAAUCAACUAUUACAGCACCAAAAAGCACAAAAGUUGACACAUUCGAUAUAUUAAAGGAUGCAAAUUUUUAUCCGCUUUUCUAAAUGGUUUUGCAAGCAGCUUUUAUGUUAUAGUUACUUAAAUAAGUACAUAUGCACAUAUAUAACAAAGACAUACAGACAGUUGAAAAGGCUUGAUACCUUUUAUAGCUUCGCGCCGCACCUGCUCCUGCACCUGCAUCUACACCUAGCUUACAGCAACCUAAAAAUAUACAUGUAUAGACAUAAAUAUGACAUAAGUUCAUACAAAAAUGAAGCCACAUCAAUAGAAAUCAUCAACUCUCAGAAGUAUCGAACUUUUAUACGAAAUACGACCAGCAAAUACCGAAAUUCUCCAACAUGUAUAUUUAAGUAUAUAUUAGGUUUAUAUAUUAUGGAAAACUAUGUACAUAUUUCGCAUCUGAUGCUAAGAUUGGAGCGUAGUAUUUCUGCAUGACGAUUUCAGGAAAACGAAGAAAUAUAUCAGUGGCCACAAGCUGUAACCUUCACAGUGAAUUCACAGUCCAAUCAACCAAAAACAUAGCUAUUGAGCUGAUGAAAUCUAUCCUAUGAAAGCGUGCUGUAAAUGAAUAUUUACCACCGCUUAGCUCAGGUGACGGCUCGGUUUUUUGAAUAAAUUGUAAAUAAACUAUGCGAAUGCAAACAUAACUUUUGACGAUGUUUUCUUACAAUCGGAAAGUACGGAUUGAAAGUAUGUUAAAUGGUUAGUUGACCUAUUAGGCCGAAUCAGUCUCUGUGUAUCAAAACCUAAGUGAUGUUAGAUGUCAGCACAUAUUGUAGUUAUGCGUAAUAAAGCUAGUAAAUUUUGUAUGGAGUCAUUUGAAAUUUAAACCGUUAAACCUUUUAAAAAAUUAAGAAAAAAAAGCUUUGAUUGUUAUGUCUUGUGAACACGGAUAUAUAAACUUUUAAUAUAUACAUAUAAAUAUAUGUAGAUUAACUAAGUAUUUACUAAAACUUCAAACGAAGAUGCAAAUAAAAAUUGUUUUUAAAAGAAAUAA